AUGAGAGAUCAAUCCUGGGCCAGCGCCGGCUCAACCAUCGCCAGCCUAAUGUUCUUCUGGGCCAUCAUCGACAAGUUCAUCCCGUCCACCCUCAAAUCCUCCCUCGUCCGCCACGCCUCCAAGCUCACCGCCUUCUUCAACCCUUACAUUCACGUCACCGUCCCCGAAUUCACUGGCGAGUUCUCUCGCCGCAAAGAGGCGUUCACCGCUGUCGAAGCCUACCUCACCUCCAACUCCUCCCACCAAGCCAAGAACCUUAAUGCAGAGAUCACCAAGCCGAGCCAGAAGCUGUCCUUAACAAUUGGCGCUCAUGAAGAAGUCUCUACGUCUUAUAAUGGCAUCAAGAUUUGGUGGCAAGAUGGCGAAAACCAACAGAUUUCCUUUUCUUGGUACCCAUCGCACGAGAAGCGCUGGUACAGGUUAAGCUGCCACGCCCGCCACCGGAAACUAGUGACCGAGGUCUACUUGCCUCAUGUGGUAGACGAAGGAAAGGCUAUCAAAGCAAAGGGAAGAAGGAAGAGGCUGUACACUAACAACGUGGAUUCUGAGCGUCAUGCCAGGCUUUGGAGCAGCGUGGUGUUUGAUCACCCUGCGACGUUUGGUACUCUGGCGGUGGAUCAGGAUAAGAAGAAGGAGGUGAUGGACGAUCUUGCGGCGUUUAAGGAGAGGAAGGAGUAUUAUGGGAAGAUUGGUAGAGCGUGGAAGAGAGGGUAUCUUCUUUAUGGGCCGCCAUGCGAUGGCUGUUGUGCGCAGCGGAAAUUUCGGCAACACCUCCGGUGUGCAAGGUGCAUAACAAGACAAAGCUAUAUAUACAUUGUUGAAUCGGGUGGGCCUCUUUACCCGCUGAACCAGUGCGAGAAAACUCAUUCACGUGCUUUCACAUGGGUGUUGGCUCUUUGCUCCCGUUGUGUGGCCCCCACAAUCACAAUGGCCAAUUUCUUGGACUACGGUGUGUAUGAUCUUGAACUGACUGCAGUGAAGGAUAAUUCAGAGGUGAGGAGGCUAGUGUUCGAUACUGCAAGUAAGUCCAUCAUCGUGAUCGAGGAUAUCGAUUGCUCACUCAAUCUUGCAGGUAAACAGACCGCUAAGAGAUGCAAUGAUGAAGAGACUGUUACGCCCUUGAAGGAAAAGAGACGAAGCAAGGUAACGCUGUCUGGGCUGCUGAAUUUCAUUGAUGGGCUUUGGUCCUCCUGUGGAGGUGAGAGGAUCAUCGUGUUCACGACAAAUCAUAUCGAGAAAUUGGAUCCGGCGCUGAUCAGAAGGGGGAGGAUGGACAUGCACAUUGAACUGGCUUAUUGUAGCUUUGAAGGGUUUAAGGUUCUCGCCAAGAAUUAUCUGCGUGUUGAAUCUCAUGCUUUGUUCGAGAGGAUUGAGGAACUGAUCGGAGAGGUUUUCAUCACGCCUGCAGAUGUGGCGGAGAACCUUAUGCUGAAGUCCGGCGAUGUGGAUGUUGAGGCUUGUCUGCAGAGGUUCAUCGAUGUUCUUCGGCUCGUCAAGAGCAGGAUGGAGGAAAUUAGCAAAGAGGAGAUCUGGACUGAUGAGGAUGAAGAAACGUGAGAGUGAAGAGAAUGAAGAGGGAGUGAACAAUGAGAGCGAAGAGAGCAUCCGAAAGCAAGCAGAUUGUGCCAGUAGCAGCGGUAUGUGUCUGUAGUGUAGUGUGGUGUCAAUGUAGCGUAGUAGUAGCGGUUGUCGAUUGUGUGUGAUGUCGUAGUUUGUUAUUUGUUUAGAGUCCAAAAUAUAGAAAGGAAAAGUAUGUCCAAAUGAGUAUCAUCUAAUCUAGCAUGUUAUUUAAGAUAUUUUCAGGCCAUUACGUAUCAGAUUUUCAGUCUGAUAUGUAAUGGCAUAAAUUAAUAUU